AUGUCGAGCGCAGAAGUUCAACAUAGUGAACGCCUUCCAAUGUUAUCAUCAACUGAAGACGUCGUUCAUUCAAAUCCAACUGUCACAGUAUCUGUACCAGUUGAAACUACAACUGUUGUUAAGAAAUCUGUCGAUGCUAAUAUUAAUCCUGAGGAUAAUAAUAAUUUUAUUCAAGUUGUUCGACCAUUACUAGUUGAACUUAUUGGUACAACAUUAUUUGUUCUUAUUGGUAUUUGGGGUGCCUGUUCAAAUGGUGGGAUGAUUGCUAAUGCAUUAUCAUUUGGUUUGGCAUUAAUGGUAUUAACAGCUAGUUUUGGUCAUAUAUCAGGUGUUCAUUUUAAUCCAUCUGUUACAAUUGGUGUUUUAAUUGCUGGUGAAAUGCAACCUAUUAUGGCAAUACUUUAUUUUGUUGUACAACUUUUAGGAGGUAUUGCUGCUGGUGGACUUUUACGUUUAUUACUUGCAACAAAAACUUAUGCGACAUGUAAAGGUGGAGCAACAUUAUUGACAACAUAUGUUGCAUCGAAUGUAACAACUAUUAAUGCACCACCAAUUUAUUAUGCAGCUGACUCUGUACGAAUUUGGCAAGGAAUCAUAAUUGAAUUUCUUGCUACAUUGAUACUUGUUACUGUUAUUAUUAUGGUUGCAAUUGAUACAAAAUCAAAAACUGGACUUGCACCACUUUUAAUUGGAUUUACUUUAGUAGUUAAUAUUCUUGCUAUUGGAGCAUAUACUGGUGGUUCACUUAAUCCAGCUCGUUCACUUGGUCCAGCUAUAUUUGCUAAUCAAUGGGAUUAUCAUUAUGUUUAUUGGAUUGGCCCACUUGUCGGAGCAAUUGUUGCUGCUCUUCUCUAUCGAACGGUUUGGGCACAUCAUGAUCGUCGUAUGUUUGUUAAACGUACAACAACCACAGCUGUAAAACAAUAA